ACAAAUUUCCAUCACCCUGUUACAUUAGUAAAGGCGUUAAUUGAAGAUUUUUCACUUAUAACCGCGCANACUGCUGCUCCUCAAAGCGUGGAGAAGCAUUUCGAAGCCCGUGAAGGCGAAGACGGGAUCUUGUCUGUGGUGCAUUUGACUUUGCAGCACGCACACGUGGAACACGGGGGUCGCAUUGAUUGUUUUGCUGAAAACGGCGACAGUCGGGCUCAUCGGACUGUUUGGCUCUCUGUUCAAGAUGUCCCACAAGCGCCGGUUUUGACGGAAAUUCAUCGAACCAGUGACUCCGUGAGUGUGGAAUGGACCCAAGAUCACUUUGUCAAUGACAAACCUAUAGAAAAUUUUCUGCUGAGCUGGAGAAGUGAGAGUGAAGAAAAUCACUGGAUGACCAAACUGCUCUUGUCAACUGAACGUAGUCACAAAAUCCAGGAACUCACAUGCGGGGAAAACUACCGAGUGAAUAUAAAGAGCAGGAAUGCCAUCGGAUGGAGUCAGCAAAGCCAAGAGCUCAGGAUCCAGCCCCAAGGCAAUGGACGAAGAAGGGAGCAGAAAAUCCCCAUUCAUCCGGAAUUGGAGUUCAUUUCCGUAGGGCUGCAGGAAUUCCAACUCGGCGACUGCGAAAUAUCCAAAUUCUACGUGGACUACAAAAAGUCCGACUCCUUGCAUUGGAUCCAA